AUGGAAAGAAAAUCUGACAAAUUAGCUUUAGAGCAGCAAUUUCCAUCUAUAAUUAAGAGUUAUUAAUUCAUUGAGACACUUGGUGUAGGAGCUUACGGAAUGGUCGCUAUGUAUUAUAAUUAGACUGAUGAAUAGUUUUAUGCUAUCAAAUUAGAGUCAGCAGAAGCAAUGUAACAAUCUCUAUUAAGAGAAAAAAUGUUUUUGCAACAAUUAUUGGAGGAAGACGAGGAACGAGAAUUACCAAUUCCUUGGAUUUACGAUUACGGAACUACUAAAAAUAACUAAGGCAAGAGUUUUGUCUAUUUAGUUAUGGACUAUUAUAAUUUUUCUUUGGAGGAAUACUACUAGCUUCAUAUACUUAAUGGUGAUGAUUAUGACCAAUACAUUCAUUAAUUGAAGGAGUUUAUCGGAAAACUACUAAAUUGUUUAGUCAAAUUUCAUUCUAAGAAUAGAAUUCAUCGAGAUAUUAAAGCUCAGAAUAUGAGAGUAGGUAUAAAUUCAAAUUUUUAAGAUGAAGAGUCAUCUGAAUACUAGGUAUACAUGAUUGACUUUGGGACAUCUCUGCUUUCAUCACAGAUUAAUACUUAACGUUAAAAUAACGAUUUGAUUGGGAGCACUAUUACAGCUUCAAAAUUUAUUCACUAGGGUCUUUAUUACACUUAAUACGAUGACUUGAUAUCAGCACUUUAUACCAUACUAUUUCUAAUUCAAGAGGAUAAUACUUUUAUAUAAGAAUUAAUAGAAUUUUCAAAUAAAGAUUAGUCCUUAGCAAAUCAAGAGGCAGUAAGAUAACUAAAAGAAUAAUUAAACCCUGCUUAUUUUGGACUUAAUAUAGCCAAGAAUAUCAUUACAUUGAUAAAAGAGAUCGAAAUUUAAGUAAAUGAUAAAAGACCUCUUAUCAACACAGAUUAUGUAGAUGCUUAGAGUCUUGUAACAAAAAUAUUUAAAGAAGAAGAGAUAUUUAUUCCAAAAGAAAUUACAAUUAAGGAAAAAAUUAAAUGA